AUGUCGGAGCAGCAGUAUCCCAAAGCUGGACACAUGUCGCCACGCAGGAUCCACUCCGCCCACGAAGCUCGCAGGCUCGAAGAGGCUGGUGCAGCUCAUUCGGAACAUGAUGCAUCCGUCUACUGGCAUCCACACUAUGGCUGGGUCGAACGGGAGCCGGACGACUUCAAGAUGGUGCAUCCCGCAAGGCUGCCGGAACGGCCACUUCCUUCCGGCUGCGGUGCAUACUACCCACCACCUGAUUCGCCGCGGCUGGAAUACCAGCGACAUACCAAGCCACAUGGACCAAAGCACGUGUGGGAGACCUCCGAGGAGCAUGCUGGGCAUCCGGGCCGCAGCCAAGCACGCCGCCCUGGGAUGCCUCAGAGCGGGAAAGGGAUGAAGGGGCCACCUCCCAAGCACUUGAGCAACGGGAGCCAGAUGCUGCUGGAGAGUGAGACUUUGCCCAGCCAACUGUCGCCUGGAGCAGACGACUCCACCACCUUCCACGAAACUCCACAACAUCUUGCACCGUCGCUUGUGUCUUCCCCACUUUCCGAGCACCUGCAGUCUCAUGCUUCCACAGCGCCCGGGCACUUCCCCUUUGCGCACGAGUACGAGGGGCACAGGGCAGCAAUGCCGGAGCAGUAUCCCAAAGCUGGACACAUGUCGCCACGCAGGAUCCACUCCGCCCACGAAGCUCGCAGGCUCGAAGAGGCUGGUGCAGCUCAUUCGGAACAUGAUGCAUCCGUCUACUGGCAUCCACACUAUGGCUGGGUCGAACGGGAGCCGGACGACUUCAAGAUGGUGCAUCCCGCAAGGUUUCCGGAACGGCCACUUCCCACUGGCUGCGGCGCACGGUACCCUGCCCAUCACGCCCCUGAUGUUCCACACUACUUCGCUGAGCAAAGCAGCCAGCCCCACAGACCGCUCGGUCAACAUUCUCAAUUUGCAGCACCUGGAAGCGAUGGUCAUCAACGUCAGUUUGUGUCUGGACAAGAGCUGGACGAGAGCAGCCGAGCGCAGCUGUGGGAAGCAAGAGCAGCCCCACAACAACACAUGGCACCGCCCCCUCACAUGUCGGGCGCGAGUCGGCUGCAGCAGCAAAUGCUUCUGCUUCAGCAAGAGCAGGAGAUGCUGCUGUCACUGUCCAACUCCAGGCAUAUGCCUUCGCAUGCUCAAGAGUACAUCGCUCCAUCGGAUGCGAAGGCUGUCCCUUCGAGACUCCAGUCCCAGCAUUCGACAGAAGAUCCGGCCAGGAAAGGUGUGCAGAAGAGUCCGAGGCAAGAAAGGUCCAUACCACCUACACAGACAUCAUACCCGCUGGCGCAGCAUUUUCUUCAGCAGCACGGACUGAACGAUCAACAAGAGGACCCUUUUGCAAGGCAGACGGUGCAGUCCACCUUCAAAAGCGGAAAAACACAGACACAGGCCAAGCAACUUUCCCCAAGCCACUCGCCAGUUCAUUCUGCUCUUCAAUCUCAGCAGGACGAGCUGCUCUACAGUGCUUCGACCGGGCAAGGUAUGCAAGGUUCUCCAAGCCUUCGUACCUUAGCAGCUUCAACAUCAGCUCCUGCCUACCCACGAGCCAGGGAACUUGAGCAUCAACGGCGACUGCUGCAAGAGAGACACGAUGAACUGCGAGCCCAUCCUCAAGGCAAUCUCAGCUGCACACCUCGAACUCAGCACCGCAAAGGUGGAGGCCUUGUGCAAAAUGCGGCCAAGGCCAUGUCGAGAUCAUCAUCAGCAAAAGCCAUCACGGCAAAGGGAAACAACAGCAGGUUUCCGGACUCGGGACCUCCACGGAGCCCAAGUGUCCCAAGAAGUCCCGGGACCAACCGACCAGCACACACUGCUGUGAUCAAGGAUCUUGGCAAAACGGCUGUCUUUGUGGAGCCCAUUACGGCUGGAAGGCGCACGCCGAGAAGUCAGACAGUUCAGACAGUUCAUCCCAAGCCUGGCCACAAAGAGGCCCGUCCCAGAGCCGUCGAACGUUCUGGGAGCCCCUUUGCGGGGCACAGGGCCUCUCCAGUGCGAUCGGAUCGAUCUGCACCUGCAGCGGCAGUGCGACCGGCGCGAGCAGCGCAACCAGCCCGACCAGCGCGACCAGAUGGCACAAAGCCUGUCAGCCCGUCGAGGGGCUCCAGCCACUCAAGUCCACGGAGCCCGCGGAGUCCGCGGAGUGAGCGGAGUCCACAGGGCCUCGCAAGCAACCCAAGGGUCAACCGACAGGUCCAGCCCAAAGCAAAGCCAACAAAGAUCAAGGCUUCAGACGAGAGUCUUCGGGGCUCGGGAGCCGCGGCUCCAGCUGAGCGCCUGCUGUGCGGCUUGGCUCAGCGGACUCAACAGCUUCAGCAAAGGCCGUUAGGGGAUCCCUCUCCGGAGCGUCUUCCGAGGAAGCCUGCAGUGCCCUUGGCGCCGAGGUCUCCGAGAUCGCAGACACCACCAAAGAAGAGCCCCGCGGGCCACGCGGGCCCCGCGGGCCUCGCGGGCCUCGCCUCAUACCUUCCAGGCGGUCCUGCAGAGCCGUCCAAGCCUAGUGCAGACUUUGCGGACAAAGUGGCAGCUUUGCCCUUGCAACCCGACAAGACUAAGAAGUCCGAGGAGAGUCAAGGGGGCCGUGUGUACAUGGGUUUCCGUGAUGGCAAGGGACAGAAAAGUGGCUAUGGAGUGAUGCAGGCGGACGGCACGACCUACACUGGCCAGUGGUGUGGAAGUAAGCGAGAAGGUUAUGGAACCCUGUUCUUCAAAGGUGGUGUCUUUGAAGGUCAGUGGCUGCAAGGCAACGCACAUGGAAGAGGAGCCAUCCAUUUUCAAAAUGGAGAUACAUUCGAAGGGACCUAUGCGCACAACAAGAAAUGUGGACAUGGAGUCUACACUUGGGCAGAUGGCACCAAUGAGGCAGGUGAGUAUCUCGGGGGUCAAAAGGAUGGCAUCCACCUGUGGCGCUCGGGGAGCGAAUCGUGGGAGGUGGUUUAUGAGAAGGGAACAGUCGUAGCCACGCGACGAGUGGACACUGCAGACGCAGCAGACACAGUGGACAGGAGUGACACGGUGACAACAGCGAAAGAGGAUGUGACGGACCUGAGACCACACAGAAGCUCCGAUGUGCCAAGCGUCUCGGCUGCCCCGACUGCUGCGGAAGCCAGAACAGCAAGCACAGCGAGAGCGGGCUCGGAGAAGGAGACGCCGAGGGCCCUGGACAAGGCACGGCCAGCGCCGAGGCCCACUCCGCCCCCAAGUCCGCCCUGCCCGAGUGCGAAGGCUGGCCAGCUUGGCAGCCUGCCGAGCAACCGCUGCCGCUCGGACAGCGCCUUCCGGGCGCAAGGGUUCACAGACCAAGAGAUCGCUCUGAUUGAGCGCCGGAGUCCCCCAAGCUCACCGGCUGCGGCACCCGACAGAGCUGCACAGCCCGGAGGUUGCAGUGUCAGAGUCUAUUUCCCCACAUCAGCCCGAAGCAGAACCAGGGACACAAGCCGAGGUCCUUGCGGUGCUGCCCCCCGUGUAUCAGCUCCUGAAGCCGCUACUGCGGAUGCCGCGGCUGGAGCGGCUGCACCUGCGUGGCCGCAGGCAGCAGCUGCUCCAUCUGAGGACUCUUCAGCGCAGCGGGUGCAGGAGAUGGAUAACGACUCAGACGAGGCCCCCACACGCCUCAGAGAGACGACGCCUGAACGGCCCGAGCGGCCGGAGGAUGUCUCACCCUUCGAAGUUGCCACCUUUUCAGAAAAGGGGUCAUGCGACUGA